CUGUUAUCUGUUGCUCGGCUGCUGGGGCGAUGCUGGGGCGACUGGGCUCGCGUGCCGGCAGAGGGGGCUCUGGGUGCCCGCUGUGGCACAUGUGCCGUAGGUUCGCCGCCACUGCCUUACAGUAUUUUAUUAUCUUGCUUGCCUUGCUUAGGGGUCCAGGCCCUUUUGGGUCAGUGAGCACAGGUGGACUUUGGAGUGUGUUGUGGGCACUGUCACAAAAUGGCUGCUUUGGAGUUGGCUUGCUGAUUCCUAAAAUGCUGCGUUGGUGGGAUGGGCUGGUCACAGAACAUCCAUUUUCCCAGAAGUCCAUGGAGAUAAAAAGAAAAAAAAAGAAAAUUGACUUAUCCAAGAAUCUUCAGAUAAAGCACAGGUGGUUCCUGGGCACCAAAACAAAAAAGGGAUUGUUUUGAGCCCAGAUAAUGACGACUCAGCAGGGACCCAAGGAUGUGUCCACGAACCCAUGAGCACCACGCUGGAGACUUCAGCAUUGCACCAGUUAAAGCGUUCAGCACAAGGAGACUCUUUCCUGAAAGUAGUUUAUUUUUAUCUUGGUCCUCAGUCAAAAGGAUUUACAAUGAAUCAGUAAGCAAGAUAAACCUCUCCUGCAGGCUUACAGUCUAAGUAAGUUGUGGCACACGAGGAACGACAGAGGAGGAGGGAAGAGGAAAGCAGAAUUUUAUCAGGACUAGUGGAAUGGCCCUGCUUAACUUCUGCCUCCUGGGGCCUGGGUGCUAGGGUGGGACAGAAUACCCAAACCUGGCUCUGAUAUUCCCUUCAGAUGCUCCUCUCUCCCGCCUUCCCAUGGAACAGGUGAAGGUCAGCACAAUUCUGGGCCAGAUAGAAAAGUUAACAGCCUCCUAUGCCCGCUCAGUAGUUCAUGUACUGCAGAAAUCUUUAAUUCUUUGCUUCUAUGGAUAGACGUAUUAGUAUUUUUCCUUCCCUUUAUAGUACUGGCAGCAGUGACCCUUACUGCAUUGUGAAAAUUGACAACGAAGUCAUCAUCAGGUGAGUUCUAAACAGGUUCGAAACUAAAAGUCCUUCUAUUCCAUAAGGCAUUUAAAAAGACACAGUGUUUCUGGCGAUAAUUGCAUUUUUUGGAAGUGUCUAGUCUGUUCUGUUUCAUUUCUUUAUUUACAGCAGUUACAUGUUUAGUUGUAAGCUGAUUUGUGCUGGAUUUUAAAAUCACAGAAAGGUGGGAUCAAACUGUUGGAAUCAAACAAUAUUCAAUUAGGAACCUGAUGGGUAAUGAAGGCUGACAGUGGGCAUGGGCGGCAUAGAAGUCGUCGUUUUUGCCCCAUGGACCGGCUCCCCAAUAUGUGCUCCUGCAACGAAAUGUUGCAGCAUGGAAGGAGAAUUCCAGCGCUGGCCUCUUCCCAAGCCACUCAUUCCCCUUCCCAUUUCCAGAGCACGAAUGCUGCCUUUUAAGGUAAAGUUGGUUUACAUCAAAAUAAAGCCUGAGGCAGCAGUGGGAGCCUCAUCCUUUAAUAAUAAAAGCUAAAUCAAAACGGGGCGUGUGUGGGAGGGGGGAGGAAAGAACAGCCGUUAAGAGAAGAAGAAAAGAAACUGGCGCCUCUCCUUACUGAAAAGCAACUUGAAAUAAAAAGGUUUUUUGACUGUGUGCUGAACUUUCUUGGAGAGGGGCAGAGAACAGCUUUUCCCUGGCUGCAUCCCUGCCCAUGCUUUGGGUUAAAAUUCCCACCAUCCCUGGCACUGGCAAUCUGUCUGGGGCUGAUAGGUAUCUAAAACAUCUGGCAGGACCCAGGUGAAGGAAGUCUGGUCCGGAUAAUAAUAGUCCAAGCCGAUGAAAGCCCUGACUUUGGCAUAAAGCCUUUUCAUUCGGUGAUUUGGGAUUUUCAAAUGAUGGAAGUGUGGUGGGAAGAUGCUGCAUAUUUCUUGGCAAGGUGUCUAUCCAACUAUAUUUCUUGAAUUACCCCACACCCUUCAUAAAGUGGAUUCAUCCAGCGGCUGCUGAGGUGCCACCGCUGGGAAGACCCUGCUGUAACGGGCUCAUGCCAUGGCCUGAGAAAGAUGCAUCUUUUCCCUGGGGCGAAUCUAGCAUACGGACACAGCUUUUGCUCUCAGCAGGAUCCUUUUUGUCUGUCUCAUCCUCCUCCAGGACGGCCACAGUAUGGAAAACCUUGUUUCCAUUCUGGGGCGAAGAAUACGAAGUCCACCUGUCACCUAAUUUCCACUGCGUCUCUUUCUAUGUGAUGGAUGAAGAUGCGCUAAGAUUGCAGUACCUCUUGUUAGCUGGAAGAGAUGGGAAUGUUACUCGUUCCUUCUGCGGAAAGGCUGUGUGGUGUGAGAAAGAUACAGCCAUGUUUUGGCAUGGUACGGACGUUCAGACAUCAGUAUUUUACCGCGAUCAUUAAAUACUCUCACCCGAAAUGUUUUGAGAGUGCAAACUUGUACCACUGGUGCGAAGAGUUCCUGUUUCAUGACAGCUUUUCUAGUGAGUUGUUUUCUCUGUGCGCCCAUGUUGGGUGUUGGUGACGGAGAGGGAGCUAACAGGAGCAGACUUCCACCAAGAAAAAUGCCCUGCGUUUUUGUCUCUUUUCCUCCCACCAGCCGAGAUGACGUGAUCGGGAAAGUCUGCCUCAGCCAGAGCCUGUUGAUGGAGUCUCCCAAAGGUUAUAGUGGCUGGCUGAGCCUCACGGAGAUCGACCUGGACGAGGAGGUGCAGGGGGAGCUGCACCUCCAGAUCGAGAUCACCGGCAGCGGUGCGGCGAGGAAGCUGCGUUGCACCGUGUUUGACGCCAGGGAUUUAGCUCGGAAGGAUCGGAAUGGUGCCUCGGACCCCUUUGUCCGAGUCCGUUAUAAUGGCAAGACCCAUGAAACCUCGGUGAGUCCGGGCUUUGGGAAGACAUCGGGGUGGGGUGGGCAUUUAGGCCGGGGCGACUGCUACCGAGAAAGGCGAGUCUCUGAUCCCCAGCCCGGUUUUACAGCCGUGUUUAGAAUUGGCUUCCGGGAGGCUGGCAUUGCUUUGGCUGGGUUCUCGCUGCAGGUGAUCAAGAAGUCCUGUUACCCACGGUGGAAUGAGACCUUUGAGUUCGAGCUGGACGAGUCCGCCACGGAGAAGCUCUGUGUGGUGGAGGUGUGGGACUGGGAUCUCGUCAGCAGGAACGAUUUUCUGGGAAAGGUGGUGUUCAAUGUCCAAGGGUUGGAGACUGUUCAGCGAGAGGAAGGAUGGUUUUUGCUCCGGCCAGAAAAAUCUAAGCCAAGAGUAGAUGAGGGCAGUCUGGGCUCCUUACAUCUCCAGGUGCAACUUCGGGAUGAGAUGGUCCUUCCCUCCAUCCACUACCAGCCUCUGGUCCAGCUUUUAUGCCAGGAAGUUAGAGCAGGUGUCAAGGACAAGCGAGUGCAUUUAAUGACGCUGAUUGAUGAAACGACAGCGGCCGAGUGCAGGCAGGAGGUAGCGGUCAAUCUUGUCAAGCUUUUCCUGGGUCACGGGCUGGCCACAGAGUUCUUAGACCUCCUCUUUGAGCUGGAAUUGGAUAAAACUGAUGAGCCGAACACCUUGUUUCGGAGCAACUCCUUGGCCUCCAAGUCGAUGGAGUCCUUUCUGAAGGUGGCAGGAAUGCAGUAUCUGCAUCAGGUCCUCGGGCCGACACUCAGACGCGUGUUUGAGGAGAAGCGCUACGUCGAGCUGGAUCCCAGCAAAGUGGAAAGCAGAGAAGUGGGGUGCUCCAGCCUCCACCGGAUCCAAAGCGAGAGUGACGUGAUCCAGCAGAGUGCCCAGCUUCUGCAGUCCUACCUGGCGGACCUGCUGGCGGCCAUUGCCGGGUCCGUCAAGGCGUGUCCUGUGGUCAUUCGCGCCACCUUCCAGCGGCUUUUCAAGAGAGUCGGGGAGCGCUUUCCUGAAGAGAAAGACCAGAGUAGCUGGCUGCGUGUUCUGUGGCUGAUCUGGUGCCUCUCCUCGCAGAGCCUGAAAUUCAUCGCCGUCACCAGCUUCCUCUGCCUGCGUUUCUUCUCCCCGGCCAUCAUGUCCCCCAAGCUGUUCCACCUGCGGGAGAAGCACGCCGACGCUCGUGCCAGCCGGGCCCUGCUCCUGCUGGCCAAGGCGGUUCAGAACGUGGGGAACCUCGGCACGAGCGUCACCGGCACCAAGGAGGCGUGGAUGGCCCCCCUGCAGCCGGCCAUCCAACAGGGCGUCGCGCAGAUGAAGCAGCUAAUCCUGCAGCUCGUGGACAUCGAGGAGAAGGAAGAAUCCGAUCUCCAGGAGGCCCUGUCCCUGCAGUCCCAAGUUGUCAAAGAAGGACCCUUGUUCAUCUAUAAGAAUAAAGGCAAAGGGCCCCUCCUGUCCCCCUCUUUUAAGAAGCUCCAUUUCUCGCUAACGAGCGAUGCCCUUACUUAUGCCAAGACACCCAAUUCCAAGAAAAUCGCCUUCAUCACGCCAGCCAACAUCCGGGCAGCCGAGAAGGUGGAGGAAAAAAGCUUUGGCAACGCCCACGUCAUGCAGAUCAUCCACACCAACGAAAAUGGGCAGCCGGACACAGCUUACCUGCAGUGCAAGUGCGUCAACGAACUCAACCAGUGGCUUUCGGCCUUGCGGAAGGUCUGUGUGAACAACACCCACAUGCUCUGCUCCUACCACCCGGGCAUCUUCCGCGGAGACAAAUGGAGCUGCUGCCACCAAAAGGACAGGGCAGAUCGGGGCUGUGGCAAAACCCGGCACGGGGUUAUGCUGCGGGAAUGGAACGACCCCUUGGACCCCAACUUGGAGGCGCAGCUGAUCUUCCGACAUUUGCUGGGCAUGCGGCAGCAGAUGAGGGAAAAAUAUCUGGAAUUGUCGACACUGGAGAAAGAGGCGAAGCUUGAUUUGAGCCGAAGUGAAGAUCCCGAAUCUGUUGAUGGGCCAAGCAGGCUUUUCCAGGUGUUGCAGGAUCUUGAAGAAAUCCACCGCAAGGAGCUCUCCCGGUUGAGUGACUUGGCCAGCCAGGACCGGAAUCACCUGGUGGAGCUGCAGACGUAACUCUCGUUGCGCAUCAGUCGCUCUUGGGCUGAGCUUGUUUCAAGCCCGAUUCCUGGAUUUGCAACUCUUUCUGCACUUGUGCUCCCCUGCUGAGGUGGAACGGAGGCUGGCCCUGCUCCUUGGAAAGCUGAAACAUGGAACAAAUGGCCGUUUCUUUCAGGACCUGUUCAACCUGACAGACCCUCCGGUCUAAACUGGGAAUGCUGGGCCCAAGCCUUCCUUUCAGCAGUUUAACUGAGUCCUAGUUUCUCUGUGGAUGUUUUCCUUUCUAAAGGCUGUACUGAAUUCGUGCUACAAGCUCUUGGCACUUAGCCUGUUUAUUUCCCAAGAUAGUUGACCAGAACUUGGAAGCUUGGGGGGACUGUAGGCAUACUUUUUAUUUUUUUAUGGAGUAACUUUCUAGACCUCAUGGUGAUAGAGAUACCUUUGAAAAUGCAUAGAGAAAUCCACUGUGUUUGGAGGAAGGGGGCAAGGAGUUGGUGCCUUUCACAACUCAUUGUCUGUCUCUUUACGACCUCUGCUCAGAUUCCCUCUGCACAGACCCCUCCGCAUUCCUUCUCAUUUAUUUCAUUUCUGUACCAUCCACAAGCUGAAGCUCGCUGGGCUGUUUACAACCAUUUAUAAAAUCUAGCAGCUUGCAUGCUGGGAGAAGACAAGUUUCCACAAGCAAGUGAGCUUGCCAGGAGGAUGCUGUCCUUGGAUGAAAAGGCCCAGUUUGGCAGAGCGACAGAUUAAGGCUGGAAAGGUUUGCAGGGUGCUUUAAAGGGCAGCAAACUGACAAUAUUUCAUAGCACAAGUUGUAAGGAUGAUACCUCUCGGUUCAAGAGCAGUCUACCCAACAUUUUCAUUGUGGCAAGAAUGGAGGGAGGGCUUGUCAUCCGAGUUUAAUGCACCCCACCUCCCCCAAGAUCUGGGUCCAUCUUCGAGCCAGAUAUAUCUGUUUUAUGUCAUAUAUAUUCCAGUUCAGCAAUAUCUCUGGGUAUGAGGUGAACCUUUUUUCUUUUGGUAAUUUGCAUGCAAUAAAAUGACUUCCUGCCAUUCCAGUGUAGCCAAGAGGAAAGUUUGGUUUGCUUUUCUGGUCCGUCGCCCCCUUUCCGGGCAGAGAGAUUCUGAAUGUAGAAUAAAAGAUUGUUUAUCACA